UAAUACUCGGCUUCAGUGGGAUAAGAGCGGGAAUCUGAAAGUAAAGUAAAAAAAUCCUCCAAAAAUAUAUUUUCACUGUGAAAUCCCGCUAGAAAUUCACUUUCAUCCUAAAAUCUCCCCCAAAAAAUCACUUACACGCUACAAUCCCAGCAACUUCAAUUCUCUUCAAAGUUCACAAAGGUUGCAAAAUUCAUCGGUCAGACCUCAGAAGCUUGCAAGAUUCAUCACUCCGAACUUUGGCGUCAAAAUUUCGAUCUCUCUCCAAGGGACUUUACACAAACUCUACUAUUGGAUUAUCUGCCUAAUCAAUAAGUUUAAUUUCUUUCUCUUUUAUCUGUUUCGUUUCCUGUUUUCUUCUUCUUGCGUUUUUUUUAUUGAACCAGAAAUCGUAAAUCGGGUUCUGUAAUUUUCUGCUUCUUUAGUUGUUUUCUGCAAUUGGGUUGUUUAGAGUACUGAUAGUUAUUGUGUGAGUGAUAAAAGUGAGAGUAUUGGUUUAAAGAUGGGGCUCGUAGGUCAAGGAGGAGAAAUUUGAGUUUUUCUUGUAGUGUUUCGUCUCUGCGAUAGUUUUCUCCUUUGCGAUUUGCAUUAUACAAUUCUUCCGGGGACCUGCUUGAAGGGUCAUGAGUUUGGCUCCCAGUAGGGUCGCUACUAGCAGCAAAAAAUCUUGUUAUCCCCUAACUCCAUCGCUAUGGGCUUAUUCAAUAAAUAAAACCUGCAAUUUAAAGAAAAAUAUGGAGACUUUAGUUGGAAUUCAAAUGAUUUGAGAUAAAAUCUAGCAAAAAUGGACUGAAUAACAUUGCAGAAUUUAAUGAUAAAAAAAUUUAUAUGUACACGCACUAUGGAAAAGGGAUGAUAAGGCGAUCUACUACUUCAGAAAAAGAGAUGAAUGGUGGUACUAGAAAAAAGAAAAGGAGAACCUGUGGUUUUGGUGGAAAGAUUGAUCGAUAACUGCAUCAAGAAAGAUCCUUCACAUUGCCCUGGUAUGGAUGAGAUUGUCCAAUUUCUUUCAACAAUUAUGACAGCCACAUACUCUUGGGAAAUGACAUUUAGCAUUUCAGUAUCACUGCGUAGAUUUCCCUAGAUCAACUGAAUGUAAGGUUUUCUUUUGUUUUUUGUUUUUCCUCCUCCCACGUCUCUCAACGAGUACGAUUUGCCAUGUUAUUACUUUAUUUAUGGAUUUUGAAGAGUUAUUGCACCAUUUACCCUACAUAAAUAUCAGUUUAACAUUUCAAUCAAGCCACCUUGUUUUCUCUUGUUAUGUUCUUUCUUGCUCUGUGUAAUGCAUGUAGUCCUCCUCUAUGUUCUAUAGAUAUUGCAGGGGAUAAAUAGGUCCUGGUCCAGUAAGGCAGUUCUUUUUGCUUUAAACUAACAAACUAGCGCGACUUCAUACAUAAUAAAGGUUUUGCUAACUGAUAAACCCCUCAAACAAAAUAGCAAAAAGGACUAAACUUGCCUUAAAACAUGGAUGUAAGAAGCAACUUGCUGGCUUUCCUUGCAGUGGCAAUGUAUCACUGGCUCUGUCUUUUGUUUUUGCAUCUCAUAUUGUUGGUAGCUAUACAACUCGUGAACACAAUAGAGUAACCUGGUUGUCAAGCCAUCGUGUGUUGUGUUGAAGCCGUGGAUUCAGUAAAACAUCCAUCAAGUAUAAAGAAAUGAUAACUACUUAAAGUAAUAUACCUGUUUGUACGUUCCACUGAUGCCACAACAAUGGACUAGUCUAGCCGUAUGAAAACCAUUUAUUAAUACGAUCAUCUUUGGGUUCUAAAAUUCAUAGAUGAUUAACCAUAAGGUAUAUGAAGACUUUUUGCACAUGAUGAUGGCAUAUGUACGGGGUCAACCUGUGGAAAAAGUGGAAACACUGACAAUAGCUUUCAAAUCCAAUGAGUAAAUAAAUAUCUAGGAACACAAUGAAGGCAAGGCCGGCUGCCUAGUUGUUUUAUUUUUUAAACUUUAUUUUAUCUUAUGUAAAGACCAAAAGGCUAGUGGUAUUAUUUUAUUCAUAUUAUUACUAUUAUUAUUAUUAUUAUUAUUAUUAUUAUUAUUAUUAGAAAGCGAGCACCCAUGGAAAUUUAGGUACCGGAAUUAAUACAUAUUCGAGCCUCUUGUAAUAAUGGAUCUAUGGGUGGUAUAUUAAGUUAUGAUCAUUUUGGACUGAGACGGUCUUAAAUGGCAUGGGAUGGAUAGUGAGGAUACAAAUAGCGGAUCCUAAUUUGGUUGUGACGAAGCAUAGUAGUUGUUUUUUUUACAUUAAGUUGUGAUAAGUUACAGUCUGCUAUCUUUGUUGCUUUAGUUAAACAGUACCAUUUGGCAUAUAAUGAUUUCAAUUAUCAGUUAUCUAUUCCUGGAUUUAUUGCAGAGGAUGCCUUUAAUAAGCAGCUGCAUCUUAGUUUCUUACAAGACUUUACAAAGCAGAAAACAUGCACUAGACCCGCUCAUCAAGCUAGGUCAACAACUGAUGAUGCAAUACAAAAUUUUCUUAGACGAUAUUGCAAAUAGACCACGAAUCACCAUUUUGAAACUUCCCUUAUAUGCUAGUAAUUGUUUAAUACUCGUUAAGUGUGGAAGGCUGCAAUGGUUGUUAGAUGAAAAGAUCGUUGAACUAGAAAAUUACUCCAGUUUAUAAGUGGUCUACAUCAGUGUGGUAGCAUCAGUUUUUCAAUGACAUAUGAUGUUUGAAUUUACACAGAAGACCAUUUUAAGUUUUCACUUAACUUACAGAGCCCAUAAGAGCAUGAACCUCAACUUACUCAGUUGCCACUGCAUCACUCUGAACCAAUAGAAUACUAUGGAAAAUUUUCUGCUUAUUCUUUUCUUAAGUUUAAAGCACCUGAAGUAACAAGUAUGCACCAAUCUAUUAAAAUAAAAAUCACAUAUCUUUGGCCUUCUAGUUGUACGAACUGACUUAUCCUUGCUGCAAUGCAAGCUUUCUAUGCAUCUAACCUUUAAGAUAGAAACUCAGUAAUUUAGCUAUGAAGUAUCUUAUGUGUUUUACUUUCUCAUUUUCUUAAGCAAUUGUGUGUUAUAUGUUAUGCAUAUCAACUUGUAGUUUAUCUCAUUCUUGUGAAAUCGUAGGAAGUUUAGUCAUAAAGAUGAGUGUAACAAGUUUGAUAACAAGUAAUGUGCAUCUUAGUACUCUUUUUUAAAGUAAUGUGCAUCUUAAUACUUUUGUUAUCUUAAUUAUUUAAACUUUUUUUUUAUUUACUUCCAAGGUUAUGGCACCAAGUAAGUAAUGGAUGCAACUUGUUGAUAAUCGACUUGAUGAACCCUAUUUAAUUGGGGUGCAAAAGUUUUUGGAUUAUGCCUUUAGAAGAACAGGAGAAUUGUAUGAAAUACGUUGUCGGUGUGUCAAAUAUUGUAACACAACAUUAGGAACACGUGAGACAGUUGAGAUACAUUUAAAGGUAUAUGGAAUAAUUCGAAAUUAUACCUUUUGGUAUCAUCAUGGUGAAGUUUUGGGUGAGCCACAGUCGGAAUGCGAAGUUGAAGAUGAUAAUGAAGUAGAAGAUUAUGAGGAUGAGGAUAAAAUACAUGAAAUGCUGUGGGAUUUGUAUCCUAAUCAUGAUGGAGGUACUGCAGACGUUAAUUAUAAUGAUUUACUUGGAGAGGAACCGAAUGUUGAAGCCAAAAAGUUUUACAACCUAUUGAAAGAUUUCGAAAAGCCACUAUACCAAAAUUCGAAAAUUUCAAAGCUUUCCACUUUGAUUAAACUGCUUCACAUAAAAAGUAUGGGUCGUUGGAGCAAUGAGUCAUUUACAAUGUUAUUAAAAAUGCUGAAGGAUGAGUUGUUGCCUGAUGGAGCGAAUGUGCCAAAUUCAUAUUAUGAGUCAAAGAAGGUGAUUCGGGACCUUGGGUUAUCCUACUAAAAAAUUGAUGCUUGUAUAAAUGAUUGCAUGUUAUAUUGGAAGGAAAAUAACUUACUUGAUUCCUGUAAAGUCUGUGGUGCAUCCAGAUGGAAAACAGAUAAACAUAGCGGGGAAGCAAAGAAUAAGAAUGGUAAAAAAAUAGCAUCAAAGACGUUACACUAUUUUUCAUUGAAGCCUAGGCUUCAAAGGUUGUUUAUGUCUACAAAGACAUCUUUUCUAAUGACAUGGCAUCAUAAUGAAAGAGUUGAUGAUAGAACAAUGAGGCACCCAGCUGAUUCAAUGGCAUGGAAAUUAUUUGAUGAACUUCAUCCCUCAUUUGCGGCUGAGCCUCGUAAUGUUCGACUUGGACUUGCUAGUGAUAGAUUCCAGCCAUUUAGAAAUUCAAAAACCUCAUAUAGUAUUUGGCCUGUGGUACUUAUUCCUUAUAAUUUACCACCUUGGUUAUGUAUGAAACAGCAAAAUUUCAUUAUGUCCAUGCUUAUUCCUGUUCCCGAUAGUCCAGGUGAUACAAUUGACAUAUAUCUUCAACCCUUGAUAGAGGAAUUAAAUGAGUUAUGGGAAAUUGGUAGUGAGACAUUUGAUGCAUUAACUCGACAGAAUUUUAAGUUACAUGCUUCUUUGUUAUGGACCAUCAAUGACUUUUCAGCAUAUGGAAAUUUAUCUGGAUGGAGUACAAAAGGCAAAUUAGCAUGUCCAUAUUGCAACAUUGACACUUCCUCAAUCAGAUUGAAGAAUAGUAAGAAGCAAUGUUUUAUGUGUCAUCGGCGUUACCUUCCUCUUAAUCACAAAUGGAGGAAUGAUAAGGAGUCAUUUGAUGGCACAAAAGAUAAAAGGCUCCCACCAAAAAUGCGUUAUGGUAUUGAGAUACUUAAUCAAGUGGAAGAUCUUAAAGGGUUCCAAUUGACAAAGGAUCCAAAGAAAAGGAUCAAGAUAUCACAUGAUGUUCGAAAAGAUAAUUGGAAUAAGAGGAGUAUCUUUUUUGAACUUCCAUACGGGAAAUCUCUCUUGUUGCGACAUAAUUUGGAUGUUAUGCAUAUCGAAAAAAAUAUUUGUGAUAAUAUUUUGGGGAUGAUAAUGAAUGCCAAAGGAAAGACCAAGGAUACCAUUAAAACUCGACUAGAUUUGCAAGAAAUGAACAUUAGACCGGAAUUGCACCCUAUUAAAAAUGGAGAAAAAUAUGAAGUUCCAACUGCAUGUUAUACAUUAUCUCCCCAAGAAAAGCACAACAUAUGCCUUUUCUUAAAGAAUUUAAAGGUUCCAGAUGGAUUUUCAUCUAAUAUUUCUCAAUGUGUUUACUUGAAAGAGCACAGGAUUUCUGGCUUAAAGAGUCAUGAUUGUCAUGUUCUUCUACAACAUUUACUCCCUCUUGCACUACGUGGUAUGUUGUCUAAAACAGUGUGUGAACCCCUUAUCGAGUUGUCUUUAUUUUUUAAUGUGCUGGGAGCAAAGGUAUUAAGGACUAAUGACUUGGAUCAGAUUGAAGCUCAAAUUCCUAUAACUCUUUGCAAGUUAGAAAAGGUCUUCUCUCCUUCAUUUUUUGAUGUCAUGGUGCACUUGCCUACUCACUUAGCUAAUGAAAUUAAGCUUGCUGGACCUGUUCAGUAUCGGUGGAUGUAUCCUAUAGAACGAUGGUUAUAUUUUUUGAAAUCUCUCAUUGGUAAUAGGGCUUGUCCAGAAUGUUCCAUUGCAGAGGGUUACCUUGCAAAUGAAUGUAUGACCUUAUGUUCAUUGUAUCUGCAUAGAAUCGACACAAAGUUUAAUCGGCCAGAACGAAAUUAUGAUGGUGGUUUAAAAAAUUCCGAUGGAGGUUUAUCUUUAUUUUGUAAAUCUGGAAAAACUUUAGGAGCUCCAAAACAUCAUGAUCUUGAAGCAGAUGAAUUAGAGCAAGCACAUAUAUACAUACUGAAGAAUUGUUAUGAAGUUCUACCAUUUCUAGAGUUUGAUAUGAAACCUUCAAAGAAUGAAAAUGAGAUGGCAUCCACUGUGAAAACCACUACCAAAUAUGCAUUUGUUGCACCAGGUGCUAUAGGGAAGGGACGAGGGAGAGGGCUUAAAUCUAUAUACUCUUUAGGGGUAUCUGGACCAGAUAUUCUAUCCUCUCAGUCUACUGAUCAAGUUAUGCAGUACAACCAAAUUGUUGAAACGAGUGCAGUAGUGAAGGGACAAGGGCGAGGGCUUAGAUCUAUGUGUUCUUUAGGGGUAUCUGGACUGGGACCAACGAAUAAAAAUUCAUUGGUUCUUGAGAAAGGGCAUGUGCAAACUGAUAUUCCAUCUUUUUCAUCUACUGAUGAUGUUAUGCAAUACAUCCAACAAAAGUCAAUGAGUGCUCUAGGGAAGGGACGAGGGCAAGAACUUAGAUCUAUAUGCUCCCUUGAAGAGUAUGAAAAUGAGGAGCGAUCCUUCCAUCAGAAUGCUCAUUAUGCCAGUCAAAGUAUGUCAAGACCUUCUAAGAGCACCAUGUUUGCUGCUCAAGGAUUGCGAACAAUGAAUAAAAACCCUUUGGUUCAUGACAAAGAGAAUGUGAAAACUAAUAUUCUGUUUUCUCCUUCUGAUGAUCAAGUUAUGCAAUCCACCCAAAAAGUGAAAACAAGUACUCUAGGGAAAGGACGAAGGCGAGAGCUUAGAUCUAUGUGCUCCUUUGAAGAGUCUGAAAAUGAGGAACGAUCCUUUCAUCAUAAUGCUCAUUAUGCAAGUCAAAGCAUGUCAAGACCUUCUAAGAGUACAAGAUUAGACACAACCAUGUUUUCCGCUCAAGGAGUGCAAACAAAGAAUAAAAACUCUUUGGUUCAUGACAAAGAGAAUAUGCAAACUGAUAUUCCAUUUUCUCCUUCUAUUGAUCAAGUUAUGCAGUCCACCCAAACAGUUGAAACAAGAUAAAUUUGAGAGUGAUGACAUGGAUAUUCAUCGCAAUCAUAUUUUAGGAUGGAUGAAAGAGUUAUAGAACAAAUGGAGAAGACAAUUGCAUACAAAGUAUGUGAAGGGUAAGCCAAUACAUGAGGCUCUUAAGAAUGUGCCCAAGGGGGUAGACAAGAAACAAUGGGAGUAGUUGGUAAAGGAACAUUUUUCUACUGAAAGUUUUCAGGCGAGAAGUAACAGGAAUGCAGCAAAUAGAACUAAGUUGAAGAUGCUUCAUCAUAUUGGUAGCAAGCCAAUUAGAGAGAUUAUUUAUCAAAAGGGCGGGAAAGAUGGCAAACCACCGGAUUUGGCAACUAUUUUCUUCGAGACUCGCAAGAAGAAUAACACACUUGUUGAUUCUGAAACAAUCGAAAAACAUGCUCAAAUCAAGGAAUUGGUGCAGUGCGAACCGUCACUUCCUAGCAUAGAGAUUGUAGAAAAAUGCUUUGGACCUCAAAGUCGUAGUCAUGUAUUUGGCUUCGGGGGUGGAUUAAAGGCGAAAGAUUUGAAAGGUGGAACUUCCUCAAAAGCUAAAUUAUUGGCUAAGCUACGUUCAAAUCAAAAUGAAAAUCAGUCUUUGAAGGAUCGUUUGUCUAACUUUGAAAAUGAGAUGAAAGAACUGAAGCAAUUAUUUUUAGCGCAACAGCCUCCAGUUUAGGAAAAUGACUAUUCGGAUCCUUGAUGAUACCAAGUUUUGGAUAUUGAAGUUUACAAGAAGAUUUUUGACGACAUACAGAUUGACCAUCUUUUUUAUGGGAAUGUCAAGAAAAUUUUACAUUACAAUCGAGGAAUAUUAGUGAUAUGUAGUUUUUUUACUAAGGGUUUAUGAACACAAUAUUAUGACUAGCUUACAUAAUUGAUGUAAUGUGCAAGUAACUCAUGUUAAUCAUUUUUGAUAAUUAUUAUAUGAAAACAAUAUCAGUUUUAUAUUAAUUACCAGAUUUUCUA